AUGGAACUUGCUGAAGUGGUUCUCGUGAUGGGUGGAGAGGAUGAAAUACCACUGUCCAGCAGGCAGGGGUUGAUGCCGUGUACACAGGGCUUCGUGGAUGAGGAGUACAGCAUCGUUGUGGAUGAAGAGCUGAAGAAGGGACAGGCUCUUCUCAAUGUGAGGUUCAUGGACUGUGGUCAUGACAAGGUUUCAUUUGACGUGCGCGAAGCGUCUGAUUUCCAUGUGGGUGCAGAUGGCAUGAUCUAUACUCUGCGCAAGCUCCGCCUGCCCGAGAAGAAGAAACUGUUUGUGGUGGUCUAUGCCCGGGAUCUGCAGUCCAAGCGAGUGUGGAAGAUGCUUGUCCAUCUCGUCCUGCGUCCCAGGGGGCCAGGAGCGAUGCUAAAACAGCAGUUAAAACCCAGUGAUGCAACAGUGACCCAGGUGCCAGAAAUUGUGUUUCCAUGGCUCAGUGUGGUUGUCGGGGGCAACGGCUCUCUGAGGCGUGUGAAGAGAGACUGGGUGAUCCCACCCAUUAAUGUCCCUGAGAACUCUCGAGGACAGUUCCCCGAGGAGCUGGUCAGAAUCCGCUCAGACCGGGAAAAGAACCGAUUCCUGCGCUACAGUGUGACGGGUCCCGGGGCGGACCAGCCUCCUACUGGUAUCUUCAUCAUCAGUCCCAUCUCAGGCCAGCUGUCAGUCACCAAGCCCCUGGACAGAGAGCACAUCUCCACCUUCCAUCUGCGGGCACAUGCUGUGGAUCUGAACGGUAACCAGGUGGAGAACCCCAUAGACAUCGUCAUCAAUGUGAUCGACAUGAACGACAACAGACCAGAAUUCACAAACACUGUCUUCAACGAAACCGUGCCAGAGGGCACCAAACCUGGUACCCUGGUGAUGGUUGUGACAGCGGUGGAUAAAGACAACCCCAACACAGCCAAUGGGAUUCUCCGAUACAAAAUCCUGUCCCAGAGUCCUGAGAGUCCCUCCCCUGGCAUGUUCACCAUCAACAACAAGACUGGGGACAUCAUAACUGUUGCAGCAGGUCUUGACCGAGAGAAAGUUCCCCAGUAUACUCUGAUCAUCCAGGCUACAGACAUGGAGGGAAACCCCACCUACGGCCUGUCCAACACGGCCACUGCGGUCAUCAGGGUCACAGACGUCAACGACAACCCCCCCGAGUUCACCACAGAUGCAUUCUUUGGAGAGGUUCAGGAGAACAGGGCAAACAUGAUUGUAGCCAACCUGACAGUGACGGACAAGGACCAGCCUCACACCUCCGCCUGGAAUGCAGUCUACAGGAUCACCUCCGGAGACCCCACUGGACGCUUCUCCAUCCCCACUGACCCCACCACAAACGAGGGCCUGCUCACAGUAGUCAAGCCCAUUGAUUUUGAGCUGAGCCGGUCCUUCUUGCUGACUGUGGUGACGGAGAACGAGGUGCCGCUGGCCCGUGGUAUCCACCUGCCACAGCAGUCAACAGCAACAGUUUCUGUACAUGUCAUGGAUGUCAACGAGAGCCCUGAGUUUUCUCCCAACCCGAAGGCCAUCAAACUGGAUGAGGGUUUGUCUGCAGGUGCUCUGCUCACCACCUUCACCGCCCAGGACCCUGACAAAUACCUGAGCCAAGGCAUUCGGUACUCCAAGCUCUAUGACCCCGCCAACUGGCUAGAGAUUGACCCUGUUAAUGGCCGUAUUUCCACCAUCGCCAUCCUGGACAGAGAAUCCCCCUACGUCAGCAACAACCUCUACAAUGUGACCUUCAUGGCCUCCGAUAAUGGUAACAUCCCCGCCAGUGGAACAGGCACCCUUCAGAUGUACCUGCUGGACAUAAAUGACAAUGCGCCGCAUGUCUUCCCGCCCGAGGUUGAAAUGUGUGAGAAGCCAGACCCGAACGGCAUCAACAUCACAGCCAACGACCCGGACCUGGCACCUAACGCCGGCCCUUUCGCCUUUGAGCUGGCCAGUCAUCCUGCAGGCGCACGCCGCAACUGGACGCUGACACGCCUCAGUGGAGAGUAUGCCCGGGUGCGUCUGCGUAUUGGCUUUCUGGAGCAUGGCAUCUAUGAAUUGCCCAUCAUCAUUACAGACUCAGGCAAUCUGCCCAUGUCCAGCACAUCCUAUCUGCGGGUCAAGGUCUGUCAGUGUGAUCACCAUGGGGACUGUGUAGACCUGGAUCGCAUCAUGGCAGCUGGACUGGGCACUGGAGCUAUAAUUGCUAUUCUCAUCUGUAUUAUUAUACUACUUGUCUUGCUGCUGUUGUUUACGAUGUGGGUCAAGAGGAGAGACAAAGAGCGUCAAGCCAAGCAGCUCCUCAUCGAUCCAGAGGACGAUGUCCGUGACAACAUCCUGAAAUAUGAUGAGGAGGGCGGUGGAGAGGAGGACCAGGACUAUGAUCUGAGUCAGCUACAGCAGCCUGAUGAACCAGAGUGUGUGAAGGUGGGUGUCAGACGUCUGGAUGAGAGACCCCUCCACCAUGACCACCAGUACCCCCUGCGCUCCUCUGCCCCCCACCCAGGAGACAUAGGAGACUUCAUCCACGAGGGCCUGAACGCGGCUGAUAACGACCCCACGGCGCCCCCUUACGACUCAUUGCUGGUGUUUGACUACGAGGGCGGUGGCUCCACAGCUGGCUCCCUCAGCUCCUUACACUCCUCCUCCAGCGGCGGGGACCAGGACUACGACUACCUCAGAGACUGGGGGCCACGCUUCCGCAAGCUGGCUGACCUGUAUGGCGGAGGGGAUGAUUAG